AUGUCAGAUGGUUCGCCUGAACUGAAAGGUAUUCUACAAAACCUUAAAGUCAUGCUAGACAAACUCAACACUGCUAGAGUGAUGAACAGAGUUAUAAUGAAUGCUUUGUUAGAAAUAACAGGCUUAACCAUACAUAUUGGCUAUAUGGCGAUAUGUGAGAUUGGUUCCAGUCUGGGUUUGGAGGGUAGGAGAAGUUUGGGAGUUCAAUGUUCAUCUUCGAGGAAAGUUUUUUCUCGAGUUGAAUCUGAGGUGGUUUCUGUGGAGGAAGAAGAGUCAGGGCAUGUUAUGAGGUUCAAGAUGUCUGAUUUCAAGAUUCUUGAUUGUGUUAGCCUUGGCCUUGCUAGGUGGGAACUAUUUGGUGGAGUAGAUGGUGUUUGUGGUGGAGGUGAAGCUUUUGGUGGAUCAGAUGGUGGUGAUGGAGAUGAAUUUGAGGGUGAAGGAGGACUUGUUGGUAGAUUGGCCACUGGUGGUGGUGGAGGGGAAUUCGUUGGUGGAGUAAAUACUGGUGGUGGUGAAGGUGAACUCCUUGGUGGAUUAGAUACUAGCAAUGGUGGGGGCGAUGAACUCAUUGGUGGAUUGGAUGCUAUUGGUGGUGGUGGUGGUGGUCGAGAUGAACUAGUUGGUGGAUUAGAUAUAGGUGGAGAUGGUGGUGGUGAUGUAGGCUCAGGAGGUGAGGAGGUUGUAGGAGGUGGAGAAGAUGGCUGUGAUGAUGGUGGUGGACUGGUGUUAGAUGGUGGUGGACUGGUGGUGGAGGGUGGUGAAGUUGGCACUGCAGUGGGAGAUGAAUUUGGAGGCUCACAGCAAUAA